UGCACUUUCAUGUAACUUUUGUUGAAGUUUAUUUACUUAAAUUUAAAUAUUACUUCAUAAAUUAUUUACUUGCUUUUUUAUGUAAAAGUAUGAUUAAUAUAUUGGAUUAUUUUCCAGAUUGUACAGCAUUUAAGCUACUUGUGGGUGUUUCACUUUAUUAUUAGACUGAAACCUAAGCUACAUCGGGAAAUCUAAGCAGACACCGUACUAACAAUGUAGCAGUCUUUGUGAACGAAUGCACAUCGUUGAAUCACACAAGGUCCUAGUAAGGGUAGAAUGGCCAGAGUUAGUUUCUGCUCCUUUAAGAACAAAGCACUGAUCGAUGGUUGCCAGGAGAAACCAACCUGAGGUAAUAGGGUAAAGAAACUCCUUCCUGUCAUAACAUAUUUUUGCAGGCAGUCGCUAUAUUCCUAUAGUGAAGGGUCAUUUUAGAGCGUAUAUGUCCUAACAUAACCCUUCCCUCUGGAAUUAACCCUUGUAGCUUAAGCCGUUUUUUUGAAGAUCUCCCGGCACCCGCCUGUGAGUUGUUUUUCACCCUCGAGUCCACGAAAGACUGUCUACCCGAGCGGUCCGACCACCCGUUCCUUCUUCGUCUCCUAUAGCUACGCGGUCAAUCCGGAUGGCUUGAGUAACGACACUAAUUCCACAGGCGCUACUGAGCGUGCUCAGACUCCUGGAGCAUGCUCAGUGACAGCCAAACUGCAACUUCUGUCGUUCGACGAGUUUCACGCGUUCAGCAAGAGGAAGCGCUCCCAGCCCCGCAAUAAACGGCUUCCCGCUGCAGGGCGACAGCGGUGUGGUCUCCUAGAUGGAGCGAAGGGCCAAAGGGAAUCCCGAUCUCUGCAUUCGAACUGGUGGCAGUCCUGUGCUACACAUCGUGGUGGUCGGUUUCCAUCACAAAAAGGGCUGCCAGAUUGAGUUCUCCUAUCCUCCUCUAAUUACUGGAGAAAGUCAUGAUAGUAAUAGUUUGCCAGAGGAAUGGAAAUACCUGCCUUUUCUUGCAUUGCCAGAUGGUGCUCACAACUAUCAAGAAGACACCGUGUUUUUCCAUUUGCCACCAAGAAGUGGAGAUCGAAGCACAAUAUAUGGGGUCUCUUGUUAUAGGCAAAUUGAAGCUAAGGCAUUGAAAGUACGGCAAGUAGACAUUACUCGGGAAACAGUACAGAAAAGUGUAUGUGUUCUAAGUCAGCUGCCUCUAUAUGGGCUACUUCAAGCUAAGUUGCAGCUAAUUACGCAUGCCUACUUUGAAGAGAAAGACUUCUCACAAAUUUCAAUUCUUAAGGAACUUUAUGAACAUAUGAAUAGCUCACUGGGAGGGGGCUCACUGGAAUGGUCACAAGUUUAUCUCGGCCUGUCCCCACGAGAUCUUGUUCUUCAAUUUAGACACAAGGUUUUAAUUCUUUUUAAGUUGAUUCUUCUAGAAAAGAAGGUUCUGUUUUAUAUCUCUCCAGUUAAUCGGCUGGUGGGAGCAUUAAUGAGUGUCUUAUCACUAUUUCCUGGUAUGAUAGAACAUGGUCUUACUGAUUGCUCACAGUACCGACCAAGAAAAAGCACAUCAGAGGAAGUUGGACAAGAAGUUUCUCCUCCUUCCAGUUACUUUGUUUCUUUGUCUGCUCUGGCAGUUUCAAAUGCCAAUUUUGACACAGUUGGGGAAGGCAACCAAGAAAGAGAUACCCAGAGAGCAGAUGUACCUUUAUUUCAAGUUGAGCAUCAAUCUAGUGAAUUACAUGUCUGCCAGGAUCAUGGACAAUAUUGGAAACCUUCUUUACCCACUUCUCCAGAAUCUUCUGAAAGUGACUGGGAAACCUUAGAUCCUAAUCUCCUAGAGGAUCCUAACUUGAAAGGAGGAGAAUGUGAAAUUACUUCAGUAGCAGGACAGACUGAAUUUCUUCUGAAGGAGUCAGUGAUUUCCAAAAGUGUUCCAAUUAUUGUUCAGCCUCAGCCUAAUACAGGACAUACAGUCCUUGUACCUGGACUUAUUUCUGGUUUGGAAGAAGAUCAGUAUGGUAUGCCAUUAGCUGUCUUCACUAAGGGAUACCUUUGCUUGCCAUACAUGGCACUGCAACAGCACCACCUUCUAUCUGAUGUAACAAUCCGCGGUUUUGUUGCAGGAGCCACCAAUAUCCUCUUCCGUCAGCAGAAACAUCUAAGUGAUGCUAUUGUAGAGAUUGAGGAAGCUCUUGUCCAAGUCCAUGAUCCAGACCUUAGAAAAGUCUUAAAUCCUACAACAGCUGACCUGAGAUUUGCAGAUUUCUUAGUGAAGCAUGUAACUGAAAACAGGGAUGAUGUCUUCCUGGAUGGCACUGGCUGGGAAGGAGGGGAUGAAUGGAUUCGAGCCCAAUUUGGGUUAUAUCUCCAUGCCCUACUUGCUGCUACAGUACAGCCAGAUAGUGAGAAAAUAUUGUCUGACUUUGGAACAGCCUUCGUAGCAGCUUGGAAGAAUACUCAUAAUUAUAGAGUGUGGAACAGUAAUAAACACCCAGCCCUUGCAGAAAUAAAUCCUAGUCAUCCAUUCCAAGGACAAUAUUCUGUUUCUGAUGUAAAAUUAAGAUUAUCACAUUCUGUUCAGAACAGUGAACGUAGUAAGAAGAUUGGAAAUGCCAUGGUUACCACUAGUCGAAAUGUUGUGCAGACAGGAAGAGCUGUUGGUCAGUCAGUUGGAGGAGCACUCACCAGUGCAAAAUCAGUAAUGUCUUCAUGGUUUUCUACUUUCACCCAAUCCUCUCAAAGCCCUGGGGAAUAAUUCUUCUGGGCCAAGAUCUUACAUUUCUUUUAAAAAAUCAAAAACCUUUGCUAUAAAAGCAUAGGCGCUUGAAUUCAAGCUGCAUGAAGAUGAGCUGCACCACAUAUAAUUUGGCAAAUGUUUUUAUACUCCUUUGCUUUCUUUUUGAACCUUGUUACACCUUUAUUUUUUAUUUUGGAGGAUGGUGAUCUAUGUCAAUUUAGCUUUUUCAAAUUAAAUUGUUCAGCAUUGUUUUUAAGAGUUGAAUUAUAUUUCAGUAUGGAACAUGAUAGUGCAUAUGGAAAUAAUAUUUCAACAUUUAAUACAUAAAAAUAUAUUCAAUUUGUAUUUGUAAUAUCUUUUCCAUUCUGCAAGUCCAAUGUGCAGAAUUUUUUCCAUAUAUAUGGAAUAUAUUUCCAUAAAUGUGUUACAAAUGGAAGUAAUUGUCAGUGGGGUAAUGUGAAAUUAAUGAGAUUUAAAUUAGUUAACUUUUCACACUGAAUAGUUCUAACUACUGUUUUUGUUAAUGGGAAUGUAAUGCAAUUUCAUGUUAUAUUUAAGUAUCUCAAUCUAAAUACUUCUAACAAAUUAUCUACCUCUCCUCAAUUAAGCUCUUUUUUUCCAUAGCUUCUAUAAUAUUUUAUAGUCAGCAUGUGUUAACUAGGAAUUUUUGCUUCAUCUAUAUACACGUACAUUAUGUUUAACCUUAUUCAAUCAUUUUGGGGGAAAAAAGUAGUCUCACUGAUGCCUAUGAAAACAUAAUAUGACCCAGUUUAAAACAACAACUUAACAAAAUAUUUACUUUGGGACCAUUUUCAUUUUGAAAUAAUCCCAUUGUCACAAUUGGUCAUUCUCCUUUUCAGAGUUGAUGUAAUGGUAAUGCAUAGAUUGUUAACAAAAAUUAUGACAGCUGUAAGUAGAUUAUUUAUUAGGUUUCUAGACAUCUGAAGAUUAAAAUUACUAGUACAUUAUUUCUUUCUUGGCUGCAUUUGAUCUUGUUUACCAUAAUCAGAUUUUUGUAUUCUGAAUUUAAGAGAAACAUAUGAUUGUAUUUUUCUAAAUAAAUUUAUUUCAAAUAUAUUCCUAGUUACAAUUAAUGUCCACGAUUUCCUUAUAAAGUAGGAAUGAGAAUGCCUGUUAUCAAAUUUGUACUAGCAACAUUCUUGUCUAUUUACUGUGCUGUGUCAGUUCUGAAAUUAGAUAUUUAAUUUCUGCAAUUGCUUUAAUGAUUGGCUAUAUUAUCUGGAGUGAAUGGAAAUUCUAAUUAAAGCUCCAUCAUGAAAACUUGU